UUUGACAGCUGUUACCUGUCAAAAAAAUAACCUAAUUUUAAUCGGUUCAUAGCUAAAUUAAUCAACAAUGUUUAAAUCUUUAAUUACUAAAUUAUGUCCAAGUCAAUUAACUUGCGGUUUCCACACAACCGCAUGUCUGAAUGAAGUGAGAUUAUUAACGAGAUUGCGCGUUGUCGACAACUCUGAGAUUGGCAUGAGAGCGAUGGCCGAAGGAAAACCUCCGAAAAUUAUCUGCGUUUAUAACAAAAAACGUGUGGGCUUCAUUGGUGACAGGGUAAUGGUGGCAAUAAAGGGGCAGAAGAAGAAAGGCAUCCUUGUUGGCUUGAAACAGAUUCAAAACGUAAAGGUGCCCAAGUUUGACAGCAACAACAUUGUGCUGAUAGAUGACAAUGGCACUCCACUCGGUACCCGCAUCCAUGUACCCAUCCCCACCAUACUGCGGACCAUACUUAAAGAGAGGACACAUGCCAAAGGAGCGGACUACACCAAGUUAUUAGCCAUAGCAACUAGAUUUGUUUAGUGUAUUUGUUAUUUAAGUAGUUAGGUAGUAAUAUAUUGCAUUGUAAAUACAAA